GCCAAGGCAGGCAGGCAGGGGCCAGGACUCCAGCCAGCCUACCACGGCAGCCAGGCAGGAGCCAGGACUCCAGCCAGGUAGCCAAGGCAGGCAGGCAGGAGCCAGGACUCCCGCCAGGUAGCCAAGGCAGGCAGGCAGGAGCCAGGACUCCAGCCAGCCAGCCAAGGCAGGCAGGCAGGAGCCAGGACUCCAGGUAGCCAGCCAAGGCAUGCAGGCAGGGGCCAGGACUCCAGCCAGCCAGCCAAGGCAGCCAGGCAGGAGCCAGGACUCCAGCCAGCCAGCCAAGGCAGGCGGGCAGGAGCCAGGUCUCCAGCCAUCCAGCCAAUGCAGGAAGGCAGGUGCCAGGACUCCAGCCAUCCAGCCAAUGCAGGCAGGCAGUGGCCCGGACUCCAGCCAGGAAGCCAAGGUAGGCAGGCAGGUGCCAGGACUCCAGUCAGCCAUCCAAGGCAGGCAGGCAGUGGCCAGGACUCCAGCCAGGUAGCCAAGGCAGGCAGGCAGGAGCCAGGACUCCAGCCAGCCAGCCAAGGCAGGCAGGCAGUGGCCCGGACUCCAGCCAGCCAGCCAAGGCAGGAAGGCAGGAGCCAGGACUCCAGCCAGCUACCAAGGCAGGCAGGCAGGGGCCCGGCCUCCAGCCAGCCAGCCAAGGUAGGCAGGCAGGUGCCAGGACUCCAGUCAGACAGCCAAGGCAGGCAGGCAGGAGCCAGGACUCCAGACAGAAAUCCAAUGCAGGCAGGCAGGAGCCAGGACUCCAGCCGGGUAGCCAAGGCAGGCAGGCAGGAGCCAGGACUCCAGCCAGCAAUCCAAGGCAGGCAAGCAAGGACCUCGACUACAGGCUGCCAGACAAGGCAGGCAGGCAGUGGCCAGGACUCCAGCCGGCCAGCCAAGGUAGGAAGGCAGGGAGCAGGACUCCAGUCAGCCAGCCAAGCCAGGCAGGCAGGGGCCAGGACUCCAGUCAGCAAGCCAAUGCAGGCAGGCAGGAGCCAGGACUCCAGCCAGGUAGCCAAGGCAGGCAGGCAGGAGCCAGGACUCCAGCCAGCAAGCCAAGGCAGGCAAGCAAGGACCACGACUACAGGCUGCCAGACAAGGCAGGCAGGCAGUGGCCAGGACUGGAGCCAGCCAGUCAUGGCAGGCAGGCAGUGGCCAGGACUCCAGCCAGCCAGACAUGGCAGGCAGGCAGGAGCCAGGACUCCAGUCAGCAAGCCAAUGCAGGCAGGCAGGAGCCAGGACUCCUGCCAGGUAGCCAUGGCACGCAGGCAGGGGCCAGGAUUGUAGCCAGGCAGUCAGGACAGGCAGGUAGGCAGGAGCCAGGACUCUAGCCACACAGCCAAGGCAGGCAGGCAGGAGCCAGGACUCCAGUCAUCCAGCCAAGGCAGGCAGGCAGGAGCCAGGACUCCAGCCAGGUAGCCAAGGCAGGCAGGCAGGAGCCAGGACUCCAGUCAUCCAGCCAAGGCAGGCAGGCAGGGGCCAGGAUUGUAGCCAGGCAGUCAGGACAGGCAGGCAGGAGCCAGGACUCCAGUCAGCAAGCCAAGGCAGGCAGGCAGGAGCCAGGACUGCAGUCAGCAAGCCAAUGCAGGCAGGCAGGAGCCAGGACUCCAGUCAGCAAGCCAAUGCAGGCAGGUAGGAGCCAGGACUGCAGCCACCAGCCAAGGCAGCCAGGCAGGAGCCAGGACUCCAGCCAGCCAGCCAAGGCAGGCAGGCAGGAGCCAGGACUCCAGCCAGCCUACCACGGCAGCCAGGCAGGAGCCAGGACUCCAGCCAGCAAGCCAAGACAGGUAAGCAAGGACCACGACUACAGGCUGCCAGACAAGGCAGGCAGGCAGUGGCCAGGACUCCAGGCAGGCAGACAUGGCAGGCAGGCAGGAGCCAGGACUCCAGCCAGGUAGCCAAGGCAGGCAGGCAGGAGCCAGGACUCCCGCCAGGUAGCCAAGGCAGGCAGGCAGGAGCCAGGACUCCAGCCAUCCAGCCAAUGCAGGCAGGCAGGAGCCAGGACUCCAGCCAGCCAGCCAAGGCAGGCAGGCAGGAGCCAGGACUCCAGCCAGCCAGCCAAGGCAGGCAGGCAGGAGCCAGGACUCCAGCCAGCUAGCCAAGGCAGGCAGGCAGGAGCCAGGACUCCAGCCAGGUAGCCAAGGCAGGCAGGCAGGAGCCAGGACUCCAGCCGGGUAGCCAGGGCAGGAAGGUAGGAGCCAGGAUUCUAGCCAGGCAGUCAGGGCAGGCAGGUAGGCAGGAGCCAGGACUCUAGCCACACAGCCAAGGCAGCCAGGCAGGAGCCAGGACUCCAGCCAGGUAGCCAAGGCAGGCAGGCUGGAGCCAGGACUCCAGUCAUCCAGCCAAGGCAGGCAGGCAGGGGCCACAACCACAGCCAGCCAGCCAAAAGAGGCAGGCAGGGUCCACAGUUUCAGCUAGCCAGCCAAGGCAGGCAGGCAGGGGCCCGGACUCCAGCCAGCCAGCCAAGGUAGGCAGACAGGGGCCAGGACUCCAGUUAGCCAGCCAAGGCAGGCAGGCAGGGGCCAGGACUCCAGCCAGCCUACCACGGCAGGCAGGCAGGAGCCAGGACUCCAGUCAGCAAGCCAAGGCAGGCAGGCAGGAGCCAGGACUCCAGUCAGCAAGCCAAUGCAGGCAGGCAGGAGCCAGGACUCCAGUCAGCAAGCCAAUGCAGGCAGGUAGGAGCCAGGACUCCAGCCAUCCAGCCAAGGCAGGAAGGCAGGAGCCAGGACUGCAGCCAGCCAGCCAACUUAGGCAGGCAGGGGCCCGGACUCCAGCCAGCCAGCCAAGGUAGGCAGGCAGGGGCCAGGACUCCAGUCAGCCAGCCAAGUUAGGCAGGCAGGGGCCAGGACUCCAGUCAGCCAGCCAAGGCAGGGAGGCAGGGGCCAGGACUCCAGCCAGCCAGCCAAGGCAGGCAGGCAGGAGCCAGGACUCCAGCCUGCCUUCCACGGCAGCCAGGCAGGAGCCAGGACUCCAGCCAGCAAGCCAUGACAGGCAAGCAAGGACCACGACUACAGGCUGCCAGACAAGGCAGGCAGGCAGUGGCCAGGACUCCAGCCAGCCAGUCAUGGCAGGCAGGCAGGAGCUAGGACUCCAGUCAUCCAGCCAAGGCAGGCAGGCAGGAGCCAGGACUCCCGCCAGGUAGCCAAGGCAGGCAGGCAGAAGCCAGGACUCCAGCCAGCCAGCCAAGGCAGGCAGGCAGGAGCCAGGAAUCCAGCCAGCCAGCCAAGGCAGGCAGGCAGGGGCCAGGACUCCAGCCAGCCAGCCA